GUGAUGUGUGCUCCGUUCAUCAUGCUUUUGACGAUACAUGCAUUUGUGCGUAGGGGCGAUUGUUCGAAGCAGGUUCCGCUGGUGUUCGUAGCUAUGACAGGAAGGACAAGUGCGGAUUAUGAGCACGUAUUAAAAGCCAUCAAACGAGGUUUAAGAAAUCAACAAGAGGUUGAAGAGGUAGUCUGUGACUUCGAAAAGGCCAUCUGGAAAGCCAUGAGGCGGGUUUUCCCGACCGUACUCAUGAAGGGUUGUUCAUUCCAUUGGGGCCAGGCUGUUUGGCGUCAUAUACAGGGACUUGGGUUGUCCACGGAAUACAUGAAUAACCACGGGACGUACUCUCUUCUGCGCAUGAUAUUCUGUCUGCCUUUUCUACCCGCUGAACAUAUCAUCGAAGUGUUCGACAAGAUGGAAGAUUUCAACACAUCUGAACAUCUUGAACCAUUGUUCCAGUACCUUAGAAGAACGUGGUUCGAAUCCUCAACGUGGACUGUCGAAAACUGGAGCGUAUUUGGACAGUCCGUCCGAACAAACAACGAUUGCGAAGGAUGGCAUCGUCGUCUGAAUAUCAGAGCUGGAGUGUCGCCGCCUUUUUACAAUUUGAUUAAGCUAUUAUACAAAGAAGCAAGAUUCGUGGAAUCGCAAGUGCGACUGGUGUCUGAGAUGAAGCUGCGACGAAUGCAAAGAAAGACUUACAGAUCGAUGCAGUCGCAGAUAUUUCAAGCUUGGGACAGCUAUCGUGCGAAACAACUGUCGGCAACGGCCCUGCUGAAGAAGGUUUCCAGUCUGUAUCAACCCAGGGUGCUUAGACAAGAAGCAGAGUGAUGCGCGAAUAAUGUUCAUGCAGUGAUAAGAAGUGAAGUGACAAUUACAUGAAAAGUGACAUUUACAUACUGUUCAUAUGUUUAUAGACAAUAAAUAGUUUAGUACAGUGAAGAUAAAUGUUAUACUCAGACAGUAAAUUAUAUUGAUUAUUAUGUUUUGUUCUGGUUUUCUAUGUAAUCCAUUGUUAGUCAUUUGAAUGAUAUUCCAAUCCACACAAUUUUUUUAUCAACAUUUAAAUAAGAAAAUGAACAAUGAAUUAAGGAAAAAAAAAUGGGGCCGAUCUGACUUGAGGCCGAUUUCGCUUGGGGCCGAUUUGACUAUUUUGGGGCCGAUCUGACUUGGGGCCGAUUUGACUUGGGGCCGAU